ACGUUCGCGAGUGCGGUAACGCCAAGCAUAAUAUACAUAUGUAUUUUAACGGUAAACACAAACAAAUAUCCCGUUGUCUGUCUGUCUGUUGCGCGACGCGAGGGUGGAAAAAUAACAUUGCAUCAGCAUAAAAACGUUUGCUGACCAAAAAAAUAAAAAAUAAUAAAAGUAUACAACUUUUCGACAAAAACUACUCGAAUACUAUAUUGAACUCGAGUAUAUGGCAAAUUUUAUGAAAGUGAAUGAAAUAAUUAAAUGUUAAUGAGGUCGUGUUUGUGAGUGUGAUCAGAGAAUUUAAGCGGAUAAAGCCAGCAGACAAAACCUAUUUCAACUCUGCUAACUGUAACAUGCCGUGUUGCGCCUUUACCCAAGGGUGAACGUGAACGUGAACGUGCAUGUGCUUGCAUGCUUGUGCUUGUGCUUGUUUGUUGUACGUGUGCCACCCUCACACUACGCCACCCCCUCCACAGUGGGGGUAAACUUCAACUUGCAACCGUGCUGUGUGAAAAUCACACAGGAAAAACAAGCGCAGAGUUUUAGUUUAGUUUUUAUUCGCACAAGCAUUCGCUCACAGCCGCACAGCAAAGCCGCGGGUGUGUCGGCCACGGAUACGGGGCACGGACACAGACACGGACAUAGCCACGGAGUUGGAGACGCUGUCGGAGUCUGACAGUAGCAACAGUAAAAGCAACAGCAGCAGCCACAGCAACAGCAACAGCAACAACAACAGCAGCAGUUGCCACGGGACCAUUUCGUUUUUGUUUUCGCCGUGUUAAUUUGUCGUGCAUUUGCAGCAACUGUGGAAAAACAACUGCGAAAAGUUAGUGCUCGAUGCGAAAAAACGACAAAAAAUAAAAAAGAAAAGAGUUUUUCUCCGGUUGCCAGCUAAAAAAUACUAUGAGAUGUGCAUCUAAACAAUUAAGCGACUACAGAGCGAUGAAUUUGCAAUUGCCGACGACGACAAACGAGAAUCGUUAAACGCAGAGGUUGAGCAAUUAAAGGAUUAAGUGGAAGUGGAAUUGGAAGUGGACGGUGAAGGAGCAAGGAUAACCGAAUCGACGCGACGCCCCAACAUCCUGCGGCUUAUCGGGCGUGUCUCUGUGUACGUAUUCCCUCGGUCACUUUGUAACGUAGUCAGAAUCAGAAUGUUAGAGCGGGCUGCGCAUGGUGCAAAUUGUGGCAGUUGAAAAAUACUCGUGUCAGUCAGUCGGGAACAGCACUUGUAUUCAAUACACACACAAGCAAGCAAGCAGGCAAGCAAGCAUACAUACAUACAGGGAGUACUAACUGGGCAGCAACUAAAGAGCAUAGUGAGCGAUAGACAGACACGGUCGGUCAGCAGCUGCUGCUUCAGUGUGUGAGUGUGAGGUAUGCAAAUAAACGGUCUCGCUGCCGGACCAACCAUGGCCGCAUCAGAGCCACCAGAGCCGCCGCCACGCAAUCCGGAUCGCAUAAAUGCCUCUCUGCACAAGCUCGGCGAAUCCAAAAUUGUCAAGUCGCUGGACUCGAGUGUCACGGCUCUCAAAGAGAAGUCCGUCAACAACAACAAGCCCGUUAAGCCGCUGCUCUCCCUCGACAGCAGCAGCAAUAGCAACAGCACGAAUACACGAGACUUGGGUGUGGCCACCGCCUCAACGACAACCACGACAACAACAUCAACAGCGCCGCCUGCCAAGCCGCCCGCCACACUGUUGGCCAACAAGCGGGAUCUGACGCCCUCCGCCUCCGACAGCAGCUCGCCGGCCAGCUCGAAUGGUAGCUCGUCAAAUCAAACGCUGACGCCACCGAUGACCAUCGACAACCAGAAUCGAAUGGCCGCCAAAGGCGACACAUUGGGCCAGAGUCAAGCACAAGCAAUUGGGCUACCGCAAUCGCAAUUAGUGAAUGGCAGCGGUGCUAUUUCCAUCUCCACAGCAGCCAUGAUCCAUGCGAAUAAUUCCAAUUUGAUUGCAGCCGGUCACAUGGCGCAGGUCUCUUCGCCCAGCAGCAGCCAACUCAGUGCGGUCGACAAGAGAAAUGCCAAUGAUGUUUGCUCGAUUGUGAAAUUAAUGGAACCAGAUCUGGCCACGGCCACAGCGGGCGCAACCUCAUUACCAGCCAUAUCGAAGACAAUGAAAAUUAAAUCCACAACAGCAGCAGCAGCAACAGCAGCGGCAGGAGGAGGAACGUUGUCGAUGCCUGGCUGCAUGCCAAUUCCUUCACCAACAACAACAACAUCGACAUCAUCAUCAUCCACCUCAUGCCUGGCGCAUUCCCCAACAGCCGCUGCCUCCGCGGCGCUGCUGAUGCUGGAAGCUGCCACCACGACAUCGACAAGCAUGAGCAUGAGCUGCAUUCCAGAUGGCAAUCACAAUCGCAGCGGCAGCAAUGAGUCAAAGUUCACGUUUCGCUCAGAGUCGGCGAUCAAGCUGCGCGAUGAGAACGAACGCCUCAAUGCCGAACUGUUGCGCUUGAGGCGUCUCCUCGAGCACUCAACAGACGGCGCCGUGGGUGGCAUUGAACCCAGCGCUGAUGUCGAUGCAGUGCAGCCAACAGCAGCCGCAUCGCAGGAGCGUAUCGAACGCCUUGAAACCGAACUGCGUAGUGUGAAGAAUCAGCUGCUGACCAUGCGACUCGAACGCAAGAAGCUGCGCACAGACAAAUCUGAUCUUCUUGGUCAGGUGAAACAACUGUGCGCCUCGCUGCAGGAGAAGGAACAGGAGCUGCGCGAUUUCAUACGCAACUAUCAGGAACGCGUUCGCGAAACAGAGUCAACAAAUGCCAAGCUGUCCGGUGAUCGAGAUCGCGAACGCUUUCAGCUACUGAAGCAAGCUCGCGAUGAGGCCGAACGAUCCUUGGCGCUGGCUCAGCAGCUGUCCUCACGGGAUCUGCAGCUGCAGCGACUGCAAGAGCAGUUGCAGGAGGCGCGACGUCAGCUCAGCGGUUGCCUCUCCGAUCAGGAGAGUCUGCACUCCUUUGCGCCGCUGACGCCGCCCUCGGCUGCCUCUGGUAUGCUCAGCCAGCUGGCUGGCGGAUCAGGUCUGACGGGUGCCAUGAGCGGACUGCGCACCGCUGACGACAGUGGGCGUGGCAAUUCGAAUUCGUUGUCCGCAUUCAGCGGGAGCUUGAGCGGGGGUUCAGGUGCCACAGUCGGCGAUCGCAACUCCUGCUCCAAUGACUCGGGACUGCGCAACAGCAGCGAUCGCGAGAGCACUGGCGGUGAGCUCAACUUUAGCGACGGCACCUGCGACAAUGGACCCUGCAUCACCGUCGAUCCCGACAGCAUCUCUCUAGUCUCCAGCCAGAACAUGUACCAAUUUGGCACGCCCAAGGAACGCAGUCCCACAUUGUCGCCACUCAACUCUGGCGCAUACUCCAGAUCUGUGGAGCAGCUCUCGCCAGAUGCAGAGGGACCAGGCGGCGCCGGCGCCAUCACACGCAAAUUCGGCAACAAGAGCGGGCCGCUGGGCGCCCGCAAUGGACGCGGUGGCACCUGGGGCAGCAUCUCCCGUGUCUUUGCCCGGUCGCGCAAUAAGAGCAAGGCGAUGUCCGCCGAUGGCGUCACCGAGUACAGCGACUACUCGUGGAAUCCGCUGUCUGAGGAAGGCUACGCUGAGAAGCUGCGACUGCUGCGCGAGGCAUCGCAGCUGCCCAUUGAACGCUGGCGGGCGACUCAAGUGCUCGCCUGGCUGGAGGUGGCCCUGGGCAUGCCACAGUAUAGUGCACGCUGUGCGGAGAACGUGAAGAGUGGCAAGGUGCUGCUCGAGUUGAACGAUGUGGAGUUGGAGGCGGGCCUCGGGCUAGUGCAUCCCAUGCAUCGCAAGAAGCUGCGACUGGCCAUCGAGGAGCAGCGACGUCCCGAACUCGUGCGCUAUCCACUCAUCACCCAGCUGGGACACACCUGGGUAGCAUCCGAGUGGCUGCCGGACAUCGGGUUGCCGCAGUAUGCGGAACCUUUUCUGCAAUCGCUCGUCGAUGCACGCAUGCUGGACACGCUCUCGAAGAAGGAACUGGAGAAGUUCCUCGGCGUGACGCGCAAGUUCCAUCAGGCCAGCAUAGUGCAUGGCAUCCAUGUGCUGCGUAUCGUCAAGUACGACCGUCAGACGCUGGCCAUGCGACGUGUGCAGUCGGAAACGGUUGACACGGAUCCCAUUGUUUGGACUAAUCAACGCUUCAUACGCUGGGUGCGCUCCAUUGACCUCGGAGAGUAUGCGGACAAUCUCAAGGACAGCGGCGUUCAUGGUGGCCUGGUGGUGUUGGAGCCAUCCUUCUCGGGCGAUACCAUGGCCACGGCUUUGGGUAUUCCGCCAUCGAAGAACAUAAUACGUCGACAUCUGAACACGGAAUUCGAUGCCCUCAUCCUGCCCGCAAGAGCAACUUUGGGUCAAGGCAUACGUUCCGGUUGCGGCAUAGUGCCACUUACAGGACCCGGCGGACUGCAGCACUAUGCCACAACAGAUCGACGCUCGAGUGGCAGCCUACGGAUUUCGGCAUGGAAAGGAUCUCAGAGUUCUCUUUCAAAAGCCUUUCGGUUCAACACAAAACCCAACCGGGCCGGCGAUCGCAGCUCCUUCGGAAACUCCACCUCCCCAACGCCAUCGUACAGCAGCAGCGAGGGCGGCGGAGGAAUAUACGCUACCAUAGGUCCUCACCAGAUGCAAUCGCUUCAUCAUCCGCCUCACCACUUCCUUCCACCACCCACAACCGCACCACCACCCCCACCCAUCUCAGGAGGAGUCAACUAUGGCCCACCACCGGCCGGACAUCGUGUGAGUGCUCCGCCCGUAGGCAGCAUCCUGGAUCCCAAUGGGCCAGAUGGUCAUCUGCUCUACGAGCAGAACAGUCGACGCGUGAAGAGCAUCAGCGACAUCGGUGUGGCAAGCAGCGGCAGCAUGGGAGCAUGUAGUCUAGGUGGCAUAUCGGCUUCAUCCGAUUCGCCAGCAUGAGCUAAUUGUAGAGCGUUGUUGUAAGUCUAGAUAGGUGAGCAAUGUCAGAAUUGUCGUAGUAUCUUCAUUCCCUUCGUGUGAGCUUGAAUUCCAAAGAGAAUAAAAGUGAUAAGUUAGGAGUAUAUGAUAUAUAUAUUAAAAAGAUAGAAAUAUGUAUAAACUGGAUUCAAUUACAUUCAACACAAGACCCACCUUAUCAAAGUGAUGCGAGAAACACUUGUGCAUUCAACGGAUACAUAUGUCAAGAUACAAAUACAAACAAAAAACACAACACAAAGAGAAACAACUAAGCAUAUUUGAUGAAAUCAGAUUGAAACUACAACACAAACAGUGAAAACGUAAACAUAAUUAAUAAUAAUAUUCAUGGAUAUUUAUGUAUGUAUGUACUUAGCUCUAAGUUCGACUCGAAUGCAUGCAAUUAAAUAGGAGAAAAGGCAAUUCAUUAAUUAAAUUAAUUCGGCAUGAGGCGUCAUUCCGCCUGCAGAGCUGCAACUGCAAAAUGCAAAUGAAAACAACUUUAUUAGGCUAAUAAGAACGUAUUUAAUUGUAAAUUUAGUUUUCAAUUGAUUUAAUUAUACGUAUAAUUAUACUCGAUGAUAUUGCAAACGGCAAAAUGCACACGACCGAAAAACAAAUUGUUGUGUGCGUGCGCAAUAAAUUUUAAUUUCCGCAGAUUGCAUUGAAUUGGAUUUGAAAUAAUAAUAAACUGCUUUUGUAACUGCAAUUUAGAUAAAUUGAAAUUAUUUUGUAAGCUAAACCCCAUUUGCCCAAGCCCAAAACCAAACCUUUUUCAACCACCAAAACCCCAAUUUCAACUUCCAAUAACAAACGUAGCUAAACAAAUAAACCCUGACGAAUAUUCAAAUGUAAUAAAGUGCAGAAAUGUGCAAAACUGUUAAUGUGGCUAUAAACAAACAUAAGUAUAAUUUAUAUGGAAAUAGCUAAGUAAAUAUUUAUAUAUAUAUAUAAUUAAUGAAAUAAUAAUGCAAAUGUACUCCAAUCAAUUUGAGAUUAACGAACUUGAAUCGCAACAACCAAACCAAAAACCGCAAGAGUCAAAAUAGCUCCCUCUAUCUUCAGCCGAUAAAUGAUAUCCUGCAUUAUUGUCCUUCCUACCAUUGCAAUUCCUAAAGCAUAUAUUGUAUCAAUAAUAUGAGAUGUUUAUUUUUAAGCAGACCAAUUUAACUCUAGCAUUACGAACAGGUAAAACUAUCGAAUAAAACAAUGAU